GCCGUAGUCUGAAACUGCCAGGGGUGGGGAUUGAACACUCAUCGCUCUAGACGCUGCCGGUGUUUCGAAUUAAGCUAAUUUCGUUUACAAUUUCUGUGUCUAAUCACAAUAAGGAUUAAAUCAGAGAAAUAGUGUUAAAGGUUUUAAACAAUAAUUGUGUGAAAUGACCGGAAGAUUACCGGCUUGUGUGAUUGACAUCGGAACAGGUUAUUCCAAGCUUGGUUAUGCUGGCAAUAAAGAGCCUCAAUACAUUAUACCUUCAGCCAUUGCCAUUAAAGAAACAGCAAAGGUUGGUGACCAAGCUUCGAGAAGGUUAGGAAAGGGAAUCGAAGAUCUUGACUUCUUUAUUGGUGACGAAGCCCUCGAAGCAGGAAAUGGGGGAUAUUCAGUCAAAUAUCCUGUACGUCAUGGGAUUGUUGAAGAUUGGGACCUUAUGGAGCGGUUCUUAGAACAGAGCAUAUUCAAAUAUCUGCGAGCAGAACCAGAAGACCACCAUUUCUUGCUAACAGAACCCCCUUUAAACACCCCGGAAAACAGGGAGUACACAGCAGAGAUCAUGUUUGAAUCUUUCAACGUUCCCGGUCUGUACAUAGCUGUUCAAGCAGUCCUUGCUCUGGCUGCCUCUUGGACCUCAAGGCAGUUGGGUGAAAGAACCUUGACUGGUAUUGUGAUUGAUAGUGGUGAUGGUGUUACCCAUGUGAUCCCAGUGGCUGAAGGAUAUGUUAUUGGAAGUUGCAUAAAGCACAUCCCAAUUGCAGGUCGCAACAUAACCUAUUUCAUUCAAUCCCUUCUCCGUGAAAGAGAAAUUGGCAUUCCACCUGAGCAAUCGCUCGAGACAGCCAAGGCUGUUAAAGAGCGCUACUGUUACAUUUGUCCUGAUAUUGCAAAAGAAUUUGCCAAGUACGAUGCUGAGCCCAAUAAAUGGAUGCAGAAAUUCGAAGGCCUCAAUUCCAUCACCAAGCAGCCGUUUGGCGUUGAUGUUGGCUAUGAGCGUUUCUUAGGACCCGAGAUUUUCUUUCACCCAGAGUUUGCCAACCCCGAUUUCACGACCCCUAUAUCAGAAGUUGUUGACACAGUCAUUCAAAACUGCCCUAUUGAUGUGAGGAGGCCAUUGUACAAGAACAUCGUAUUGUCGGGUGGAUCGACCAUGUUUAAGGAUUUUGGUCGGCGGUUGCAACGAGAUAUCAAGCGUGUUAGCGACGCUCGGCUCAAAAUCAGUGAACAGCUGAGUGGAGGCAAACUGACGCCGAAACCUAUUGACGUUCAAGUGGUAUCGCACCACAUGCAACGCUAUGCGGUAUGGUUCGGUGGAAGUCUACUUGCUUCAACGCCUGAAUUUUAUCAAGUGUGUCACACUAAAGCUGCGUAUGAGGAGUACGGGCCGAGCAUUUGUAGGCACAAUCCAGUGUUUGGUACUAUGACAUAAUUACCUGUAGAACAAAAACAAAAAUCAAGGUACAGCGCGCAAAAAGGAAGCGCCAUAAGGCAUCGAUCAGAUCGAGGUUUCCUCUGUAAUAAUUCAACAAUGUGUAAGGAGGGCCGUAUCAAAUGUAAUUAUCAUUUUCACAGAGAGGAAAGUGAACAAGUUCUUUUCCGUUUAUUUUUCUCCGUUUAUCCUUCCUCAUUUGACCCUCAAUUUUUUUUUCCUACUAGCAUUUGUUUUUGAAUCCAGUCCGCUGUUUUUCCUGACACCAUGCCUACCCCGUUUCCUCCCUCUCCCAAGUUGACUUGUCUCCCCCCCCCCCCUUUUACUCGAGAGAAAUGAUGGUGCUUGUUUGUUUUCCUCUUCCUUCUGGUCUUACUUUUCCUUUUUUUUUUUCCUUUUUCUACAUACUUUCCAAUUUUAAGUUCAUGGGUGAUUUAGGGUGAGCAACUUGAGUUGAUUGGUAGAACCGGAUUUGUUCAAGUGCCUGUUGUUUGUUGGCUUUUCUACCAUUUUCCGUCUCUACUAAAAAAGAAAAGAAAGAUGUUUUUCUUUCUUUGCGCCGUCGUGGUGUCUAUUUGCCGAAAUAAUCAACUGGGUUCAUUAUCAUCCUUAAUUUUAUUAAGUGAUUCAGCAUAUACCGAAUAAUUGGAUGACAGUCAUUCCUUGUCUAUUUGUCGUCGAGGCCAAGUGUGUGGUUGGGUGGAAGCGUUCGCUGUUGCAAAUGAAGAAAUCAAUUCGAUGCAAAUGCAAUCAAGUCGUUGAGAGCUAAAUAGUAGUCUUCAAUAGCCCCUUAAAGGUGAUAUUGGGGCGUAAUGCAAAGUAACCUGUCCGAUAUGAAUGACCCUAACGUAUUUGAUGUUCAUACACGAAACCCUGCUAUCCCUGAUCACUCUAUAACCACUUAAUAACACACUACAGUCGUUAUUUGUUGCAUCAAAGACGCAAUCAAACAGCUUUCCGUUCGCUCAUCCGCAAUCAGUCCGCCGUUCACCACCCCUUUUCUUCCAGUUCUAUCGCUCCCUCCCCCUCUCUCAUUAUUUGAAAUUGUUACAUGAAGAAGAAAAAAAAAAUUGAAUUCUUGUCACUGGCAUGUCAUGGAUUUAGAUAAUACAUUACCCGAAUACA